AAUGGAUAAGAACAUUACCGAUGGGACGAAUCCGAAUAUGAUGUACGGACAUCCCCAAAAAAUUUGAGAGCCCGAAUUCAACGCGAGAUUUUCGUUCAUCUUUGCGCCCACUGCGUGCUGACGGCUCUCAUACCUCAAUUGGAAAAAUGGAAGAAAAGAGAUGAAAUGAUAUUCAAGUUCCUCAUUGGAAGAUCCUUUUGGUUGAUUACGACUUCAAAUUCCAUACCGAUUCAAAGAAAUUGAAGAUUGAUAAUGCUAAAAUCUGUUCAUCUGUUCGGUUGUUCAUCUGGGUUUGUUUCAAAUCUUCUGAAACCCAAUAGUAUUGUUGGAUUCAGUCUUAAUUUCAUCUCUUCCAAACGGUUGCCAACGUCGUCUUCUUGUUCUUCUUCAAGAUUGUCAUGUGCUAGCAGUGGUUCCAUGUUCUUGGCUCCUCGAACUGCUUCUUUCAAAGCGUUUUGUGGGUCUACAUGUUCUGAGGCAAAUCAAGACGGCACUUCCACGUCUCCCUUGUCUAUGUCAGAAUCACCGCCGCCAUCAUCUUCAACUGUAGUCCACUCAGCUGAAAGAAUUCGUAAUGUACGGUUCUGCCAGUGGUGUGGAGGCCAAACAAAGCAUGGAAUUCCUGAUGAUGAGGAGAAACUGAGAGCUAUUUGCACAGUUUGUGGGAAGAUAACCUAUCAGAAUCCAAAGAUGGUUGUGGGUUGUUUGAUUCAUCAUGAUGACAAGAUCUUACUUUGCAAGAGGAAGAUCGAGCCAUCUUAUGGCCUAUGGACUCUCCCAGCUGGUUACAUGGAAAUUGGGGAGUCAGCUGUUGAUGGUGCAAUUAGGGAAACCUUGGAAGAAGCAAAUGCAGAAGUUGAAGUUACAUCCCCUUUUGCUCAGCUAGACAUCCCUCUAAUUGGCCAAACGUAUAUCAUUUUCAGGGGAAAGUUGAAGAAACCCCAUUUCUCUCCUGGUCCCGAAUCCAUAGAAUGUCGCCUUUUUUCUCUUGACGAUAUACCUUUUGAUUCUCUUGCAUUUUCAUCCAUGCUGGUUACCUUAAAACUGUAUGUUGAGGAUGUCAAGGCAGGAAGAGUCUCAUUCCAUUAUGGCACCAUCAAUAAAAGGCCUGGCACAGGUGCUUCAGAUAUUCAUGCCUAUACUCUUGAUUAUCAUCUAAGAUUGUGACAAGUUAAAGGAGCUCGAAGGUGGGACUUGAACUUUUGCUUAAUGGCAGAAAUAUGGAUCACUUACAUUCAAAUGGAGACGAUGCAUCUGCAAUUUUGAAACAUUGAUAUGUCUGAAUAUUGUACAAUUUUUGUAUUGUUCAUCAUGCUACACUUGUUCAGUUGUCAGUUUGUUGAAAACACAAGGAAAAAUGAAGGAUCGUUGGCUCUUAAGGAUA